AUGUUUAUAGCAGAACAGUUAACAGCUGCAUAUCAAACACAGUUUUUAGCAAAGCGAAUUAUAUUUUCCUUUAUAUUUGUAGUUGUGGUAUUGCUUCUUAUUCUAGAGUUAAAUUCUUUACAAGAUAUUUUACUGGUUGUAUUUCAGAUUUGUAUCAGUUACUUAAUUUUCGAAAUAGUUUCAUAUAUAUUAUUAUCUAGUCGAUUAUGUGGAAGAAUUAAUCCAUUCAGGAAGGCGGUGCUAAUUACAGGAUGUGACAGUGGAUUUGGUUUCAGUAUUGCAAAACGAUUAAAUAAAGCUGGUUUCCAAGUUUUUGCCGCCUGUUUGUCCCCAUUGCAAGGUGGUGGAAAGGAACUGAAUGAUUUACCGAAUUUGCAUUGCUUAAAGAUGGAUGUCACUGAGCUAGAUGACAUAAAUCUAGCUUAUGAGUUCGUAUUGGAGCAUUUGGACCAAAAUGAACUGUGGGCUGUUAUCAACAAUGCUGGUAUAGGAAAUGCAUCACCUAUUGAAAUCGUGACAAUGUCAAGCAUUGAAGAAGUUGUCAAUGUUAAUCUUCUGGGCAUGAUACGAGUAACCAAAACAUUUUUGCCUCUUCUCCGGAAAUCAAACGGCCGAGUCAUCAACAUAGCAAGUAUAGCAGGAAGGCUCGUAAUGCCAGGUUUUGUACCUUAUUCUGUGAGUAAACACGCUCUUAUAGCUUUCAGUGAUGGGCUGAGGCUAGAAGUGCAGAAAUUUGGAGUUUCAGUUGUUACCAUCGAACCAUGGGCUUACAGGUGUUUUUUUAUAUUUUUAUUGUAUAUAUUUUAACACAUUAAUAUUACCAUAAUGAAAUAAUUGUCGCGUCUAGCAUGAUUUGAAAAAUACUGUUAUUGUGAAAUGGUAGAGUUUUAUUUCAUAACAAAAUAAAUAAACAAAUAAGUAAAUAAAUGCAAGCUCUUAAAACAGAAGAAAUAACUUCUCUUCUUACUUUUCCUCAAAGCUUAAGAAUAACCAGAACAUGAACAGGUUUGUGAGCAAUUUAAAAGAGAUUAAAUCACAAAAACUCAUAAAUCUAUUAACUCUGGUGUCCAAAUAGCUGCUUGUCUAACCUGUCUUUCGCCUCAAGAAGGUGACGUCAAAUGAAGUCUGUAGCUAUCGUUGAAAAGGUAGAUAACCAGAGGCUGAAACUGGAGUAUGCAAGGCAUGGUGUCGCAUAGGAGCUCGAAGCUUUAAGGGCACCUUGCGAAUUCUACUGAACUAGAUAUAUAAAUUUAAAUUAGAAAGAAGAUAGGAAGUAAUUUUAUAUUUUUUUUUCCAUAAAAACAUGUACAUUGACGCAUAUGAAACAAGAGAAAAAUGUCAACUGAAACUAAACUGGUAUACAAAACGAAAGAUUCUGCAUAAUCCGUCUGAGAUGAGCGUUUUCAAAUUAUUAGUGAUGUCAUUAGUGACAGACUGGCUAUCAAGUCUUUUGUCAGAGCCGCGUUUAAAAUUUGUUCAGGUGAGUGUAUGAGACGAUUUAUAAAAAUAAAGAGUAAUAUGUAAUGAAACAUUCAUGUAAUAUUUGUUGUCAUAAUUUUUAAAAGCACAUAUGAAAAUACUAGUUCAAGUCUUUCUUGCCCUCCCCAGACAAAACAGAAACCUCAUGGGGCUAUUGUAAUGUGGUGCAAAACUUGAAUUAAGCUAUACAGAAUUAUAAUCCGAAAGCCUGAAUACCGAAAUAAUCAAAAGCGGUUCGGUUACCAAUAACAUAACCCUAUCGGAGUAGCACGCCCCCUUAUGAAUAAUCCUGAACCUCUCUUCUCAUCUUGGGAUAUAAUUCCACACAUAUAUUUUACUUUGUCAAUAAUGCAAAACUAUUGAAGAGCGCCUCCUCAAAACCAAGGAAUUCUACGUGAAAAUCAUUCUAAAGCAGGUAUAAGUCGGUACUGUAAUCUGUUAAGGUGGUCUACUACAGCAGCAUUACAAUACUAAAAAUUUUUUUACACGCAGAAUCGCUAAUUAAGAAACUAUGUUGCGUGCAAUUUGGCAGAAAUAUAAAGCAAUAGGUCAGUUUUCGAAUCACAAUGUUAGAAUCAGGUUUGAAAUGAAAUUUACUUAAAUAUUAUAUUUUAAAAAAAUUAGUUUGAAAUACGUAAUUUUAAUGUGUAGUUUGGAAAGCCAUCAAUAGAUGGCGCUACGAGUUAAAAUUUAACAUUGUAAUCUUAUUUCUGCAAAAAUUCACGAAGUAAUUGAUUUUGAUAUCAGUUAUAAAUCAUAUUUUGUUCUAAAUAAUAUUUAGAAGCGUUUCAUAUAUUCCUUUAUACACAGUUUUCACUAAACAUUGUCAGCUGUCAGCAGAAUGACGUUUACGGCAACCCUAUUGCAUUGCUAUUCCGCACUCGUUUUGUUUACAUUUAUUUGUACUGUGGUCAGUUUGCAA